AUGGAAGUUAGUGAAAAUGAUCAAGAUGAUUGUAUGGAAAUUGAUGACUCUAUCCCAGAAACCUCUAUUAUCGAACGUAAAUCAGAUCAAUUUGAAUCAUCAGAAGGAAAUACCACUACCAGUACUGUGGAAACGGAAAAAACUGAUUCUAAUGCAAAAAUUGAUGAAUCUUGCGAAAACAAAACAAAUGCUGAUGUAAAUACAGAUUUAACCACGGCGUCUACGGCUACGACUGAGCAAGUUGAGCAACCCGCAGAUAAGCCGGUAGAAAAUGUGAAAACAUCAGAAAAUCAAAAAGAAAAACCAGCACCUGUAGAUGAUGGUGAAAUUGUUGUAUUGGAUGAUGACGACGACGAUGAUAUGCAGGGAGGUACCAAUAAGCCAAAUAACACAAUUGCCAUUGAAGAUAUCAUUGACUUGGUUGAUAAACCUGCCAAUCUCCGUUGUAUUAACAAUAACUGUGAAGGAACAUACACCGAUUUUAUACUUGCUCCAGAUUUUUGUCUUUCUUAUUACAGAGUCAAGCGUUCGAAAAGUAAAAAGGAGGAACUUUGCGUAGGUUGCUAUGAUAAAGCUGUAAGUAAUUUUGAUGAACUUACGACCAACCUGAAAGAAAACAAAUUGAUAUUAAAAUGUAAUUAUCCCAUAAUGAAUGAAACACUGCAAAUCGAAGAUAGCGAUGAAGAAGAGGAGGAGGAAAAAGAAAAUGUGAACUGGAAUAAGAAAAAUGUCAAAUUUAUAUGCAACCACUUCUAUGAUGUUAUAAACAAAACAGUGGGGAAACUGAACGGUGAAGAGAUAAUAAAUAUGGAAACUGCAUAUGUAAAAUUCGAGAGUAAUCAAUUAGAAGUUAAUCAGAAGGAAGUGACAAAGAAAGCUUCUGAACUAAGGAAGUUCUUUGAUCAAAUCCAACUAAAUUUGUACAACCAGUUCAGACCGGAAUUAAGUCCUUUAAAAGGCCUUUCAAUAACUGAUGACUUUAAUGUGGCUCCCUCCUUAGUAGUAAGAACAGAACCAAGCAUGGAGUUAAGUCCUAGAAAAAGUUCCAGAUCCCACAAACCUGUUUCUUACGUUGAACUGGAUGAUCCCGGCAAUUCCAAUAGCCCUAAAGUGAAUAUAUCUCCUGACGUGGAGAUUCCCAAGGAUUUACCACCUGUGGGUCCCGUUGAGAAGAUUGAACCAAAAAUUGGUGAAAUUUACUACAUAGUCCGAGAAAAUUUCCAGACCAAUUGGAUAAGAGCUCGCCUACAAACUAAAAUACCUCCAGGAGUCUCUCACAAUGGCGAAGUAUACUCGACCACACUUUACAAGUUAGUCGAACUUAAGCAACAGAAAGAACGACUUAUUAAUGGCAAAUAUAUAGCACAACUUCAUCACAGCAGAAAUCGCUUGUUGCCAGUCGGUACGCGAGUUAUAUCAGUUUUUAGAGAGUGCUCGACAGAAGGGGUCAAGAAGCCAAGAACUGAUCCGUACUAUGCUGGAAUUGUGGCGGAACAACCCUUUGAAGGGAAUAAAUAUCGGUAUUUAAUAUUCUUCGAUAUAGGAUAUUCUCAGUAUGUCAGCUAUCUUAAUGUAAAUCUGGUUAUCGAAACAAGUCCGAAUGUGUGGGAUGAUGUAGAUGAGGGAUGCAGAGCAUUUAUCAAGAAAUAUUUAGAAAGUCAAGACAGGCCUAUGGUUAAGCUGGCCACAAAUCAAACUAUAAAAGUGGAAUAUAACGGGAAAUGGUUGAUCUGUCGCGUAGUCAAUGUGGAUUGUUCGCUAGCACAAGUGUGCUUUGAAACGAUAAAGAGAACAGAAUGGAUAUAUAGAGGAUCUACCAGAUUGAGCCCAAUGUUUAAAGAAGAACAAGCCGCGACCAGUAGGCAUACAGGCGUAAGGAUUACAAGAAAAUUAGGACCGAAUGAGUCUGCAACCGUUGUGCAAUACACGAGAAAGGAUGAAAACAACAGUUCUGCUCAGCCCACCACCGAAAACAACACCGAAUCCCCGACACCUAUAAGGGCCGUAGCGAGAAAAAGUACCACCAGACCACAAAACAGUUCAUCUGCGACCGCAAAACCAUUCCUUCCCGAGGAUGUCAGAAACACAAACAACACUAAUGGACCAACCAGUAAAAUAAUGUACUUCACUCCUCGCGAUCAAGUAAUCAUAAAAAGAAAGUAUAAGUUGCACACUUGCUCCCACAAAUGCAGAGAGUUGCAAACUUAUGACUCUUCGAAACUUCGCGGCCACAAUCCUCUCUCGAAACCACUCUUAUGCGGCUGGGGCCGAUUGACAGUUAAAAGUAGAGGUCGAAGAGAGAUCAUAUACAAAUCUCCGUGUGCUAGACUGCUGCGAAACAUUGCGGAAGUUCAUACUUAUCUGCGAGUCACCAGGAGCGAGUUGACGAUUGAUUUGUUCGAUUUCCAUCACAAUGUAAGAUGUUUGGCCGAGUUUAAUGUGGAUUGCCAGGCUGAUCCCACAGAUCUUUCUAAGGGAAUGGAACAAACUCCUAUUCCGGUUGUGAACGGAAUCAAUAGGGAAAUGUUAGAUUUUUGUAAUUAUUCAAUUAAGAGAGUUCCUAUGGAAGGAGUCGAUAUGAAUCUCGAUCCAGAAUAUCUGUGCGGCUGUGAUUGCGAUGACGAUUGUAUUGAUAAGACGAAGUGUGCCUGCUGGAAGCUCACUUUGGAGGGAGCAAAAUAUAUUGGAAGAGAUAUAAGUCCUACAUCAGUUGGUUACAUAUACCGAAGGUUGCCCGAACAAGUUAUUACAGGAAUAUAUGAAUGUAACUCCAGAUGCAAAUGUUCAUCGACUUGCCUAAACAGAGUUGUGCAGAACCCCAUGAGUUUGAAACUUCAAGUAUUUAGGACUCACAACCGCGGUUGGGGCAUCAGAUGUCUCAAUGACGUUCCUCCAGGCAGCUUUAUCUGUAUUUAUGCUGGUACAAUACACACUGAAGCUAUGGCCAAUGUGGAUGGUGUGGCAUAUGGAGAUGAAUACUUUGCGGAAUUGGAUUAUAUCGAAACUGUUGAAAAAUAUAAAGAAGAUUACGAAGCGGAAGUCAUGGAGGAGGAGGAAGAGGAAAAGGGGUAUAAACGUCGAAAAAAUCCACCCGAAGAGGAGGAAGAGGAAGAAGAGGAAUCCGUAACGGUGGUCACUAACAGCAAAUACAAAAGAUACAAUUAUGCCGCAGAUAACGAUUUUACACCUAGUCAUCCCGAUAGGAUUAUUGCGGGAGAUCAAGCAAUUAGAACGCGACUAAGAACGAGAAACAAAGAUGACGUUAAAGACGAUUUCAAGGAAGAGAACGAAGUGAAAGCCAAAAAAGAAGAGUCAAAGCAUGAAAUGGGAAUGAAAAUAAAACAAGAACUAAGUAGAAAUAGUUCGGAGUCUUAUCAAUCAAUGAAAUCGUUAAUCGAGGGAUUGUCUGAUAACAUCGAAACUGUUACCAUAAGCGACGAAGAAGAUGAGGGAAGAGAAGUGUUAAGUUUUAAUCCGCAAGCAAGUAACUUGGACGAUAAAGGACCCAAUUACACCUCUGUUCGAGAGCUCUUCGGAAAAGAUGAAUCUGUCUAUGUCAUGGAUGCAAAAAAUGCUGGAAACAUUGGACGAUUCUUGAAUCAUUCCUGUUCACCAAACGUUUUCGUGCAGAAUGUUUUCGUCGAUACUCAUGAUCCCCGCUUCCCGUGGGUAUCAUUCUUUUCGUUGCAUCAAAUCCGAGCAGGAACAGAACUGACGUGGAAUUACAAUUACGACAUCGGCAGCGUUCCCGGUAAAAUGUUGACCUGUCAUUGUGCCUCAGGAGAAUGUAAAGGGCGUUUAUUGUAA